AUGAAUAAUUCUAUUAUAACUCAAAGUGCAAGAUAUUCCAUCUCCUUCAACGGAAGCCUGAUUGGAUACUUCAAGGGUAAAAGAGGAAUAAGGCAAGGCAACCCGCUAUCCCGUUUCUUAUUCGUCCUCUCAAUGAACGUGUUAUCCAGAAUUCUUAAUUUGGCUGCUGCGAGAGGGGUCACUAUUGUGUUAGACAAUUUCUAUGAAAUGUCCGGCCUUAAGCUUAAUGCGGCCAAAUGCGAAUUAUACGUUGCUGGUAUCUCUACUAAUAUCCUGGGAUCCAUUACCAAAAUUACGGGGUUCAAACAAGGAUGCCUACCUGUGAGAUACCUAGGGGUCCCUUUGGUCACUAGGAAACUCUCUGAAAAGGAUUGUAGACUCGAACUUAUAAGAGCUGUCUUGUUCAGUGUUGCUAACUUCUGGUGCAGGCAACUAUUUGUACCUCAAUCUAUUAUUAAAAAGAUCGAGCAAUUGUGUUCUCGAUUUUUCUGGAAAAGUUCAGACAAAGCAUCAACUGGAGCUAGAGUAAGCUGGGCAACGAUUUGUCACUCGAAAUCUGAAGGAGGGCUUUGUUUAAAGGACAUAAAAACGUGGAAUAAGGUGUGA